AUGCCCAUCUGCAUCGAAUGUCGGUAUCCGGUCAGCAAUCUCUACACGACUUACAGCAAAGCCGAUGACAAAGCUCUCGGGAAGGGAGUCCGCCUAACGCAAUGUCCGCGCUGUAAACGCUUCGCGGACAAAUAUGUCGAGCACGACUUUGUGGUUCUUUUUAUCGAUCUGGUGUUGAUCAAACCUCAGGUCUAUAGACAUCUCCUCUUCAACCGGCUGGGCAGGGACGACGAGCGAUUCGAUCCCUCGAUAGUCCGCCUGGGGAUCCUUCUACUUCUCUUCGACGUUUACUUAACAUGGGCGCGCAUUGAGAAGGCGACACCAUCCUCUCCAUCCCUACCCCUAUCGCCCCCUCCACCACUCCCACCCUUUCCAUCAAGCUCAAUCAAUGGUGGCAGCGACCAGUCGAAUCUAAAUGGCACUGAGCUGGCGCAGGACGGCAGUCUACCAUCGAGCUUCCUCGCCAAGCAGCCAAUCCUGCUGCAGUACCUCUUCUUCCUGCUGCUUUGCACGCUGGAGACCAUGUCAUUCCAUCUGCCGAUUCGGACCUUCUUGUCGAUGAAGUUCCCCCGACCGUUCUCUGCUGUCAUCCCGCAUUAUCCACGACCGGCCUUGAUCAGUACUGCUCUUCUCGUGUCGAGCUUCACCAAACUCUUCCCACUGAUGCUGCUCGUCUGGAACUAUGAUCUACCCAGCAGCGCCAGUGCUGUAUCCUGGGCUGUCAUUAUCAAUAACGUUGCGGCGCUCGAGAUCUUACUCGACUGUGGGUAUAUCAAGGCGGCGUUACUGGCAGGGGUCGGUGCGAUCUGCAGAGCUGGGAUCGGAUGGGGUAUAUUGCGCGCCGUCGGCGUUGGAGGAGGAGUGGCUGCGGCUGGAGUAGUAGAGACUGGAGACCUCAUCGAAGUGUGGCGUAGACUCAUGGAGACAGUGGGCCUGGGCUAG